CGCGGCCGGAGACACUGUCCGCUCGCCGCAAGCCCGCACACGCAAAAAGUAAACAAAGAGGCUCUCUUCGUUUUCUUCUGCAACUUUUCUCUUCGGUCUCCUCGACGAUGCGAUGACUUAUUUUUCGAUCGGACCUUAUACAGGUAGAAGAUCCUCGCAUCAUGACGAGGUGUAGAGCUUUAUUCUAUCCACCUGAUGCGUAGAGACGAGGGGGCUGGAUUAGUUCGAAUUGCGCGAGAGACGCAGUUCGAGAGAACAAGAUGAGAGCUCCCGGAGCCGCACUCUUCGCCUCCUCCUCGCGCGGGGGGAUGUGAAGAUACACACUCUCUUGAUGUCUUUUAGAGUACAGAUGUACCUGUGUACGUGUAAGAGGGUAAGUAGGUAGCUACGAGAACUACCCCUCCGCGAUUUCCAAGUCGCGCGCGCGCAGGCGCGAUCGGGGGUGCGCGAUGUUCUCCUUCCGCGCGUUGCGGGGAUGUAUAUAGAUAUUUAGAGCAGUUGCGCUUUAUCCCUGUGUGUUAUGCUUAUUACUUUCUUUUGAAAGUGACUUGUUCGAAGAUUAUUAUUGAACUUGAAAUUUUUUAAUUUUCGUAUCAUAUCGAUCACAUUUGGUGAAAAUGAUAAACUAUUCGCUCGUAUAACUUGACAAGCCUGAUCUGAUUAAAAUUGAUUAUAAUUAUGCUUGUCUACGUAAGAUUAACAAAGUUAUAAUGAAUUAGAGGUAAAGGCAAAGGAGCAAGUAAUAAGCGCUUAAUUUAGAAUCUCCCGCCCGCGCGAGCGCUGCAGCAACCUCAUAUACAUGCGUUACCAACGUUAAUCCACUAAAAACUUAUGCUCGGCAUCAUCAGCACCUUCUCGGCCGUCUUUCGCGUGCAUACACGCACGUGUUUUGAUUAUUCUAACCUCCAAGAUGGACGUAGUGAACCAGAUAUUAAACAGCGAGAGCGAGAAAAAUGCGGAACUGCAAAAAUUGAUAAACGUCGAGAAGGAGGUCGACGUCGAAAUCGACGAAGGUACGCUCCUGGUCUCGGACUACAACACACUCACCAUCAAAUCUGGCUCCAAAAGUCUCGAGUCAAACCUGCAGGCUCUCACCCGGGAUAACACUCAGUUGCUGAUGAACAAGAUCUGGGCACUGCCGACGAAAACCGUUGAGGAAGUGAUUGUAGCCGAAUUACCCAAACCAAAGUACGUCCUGCCCAGGUCGAGGAAACUGCCCAAGCCCAAGCAACUCACCAAGUGGGAACAGUUCGCCAAGGAGAAGGGUAUCAAGAAGAACAAGAAGGCCAGGUCCAAGCUCAAGUGGGACGACCUGCUGCAGAAAUGGACUCCAGCUUAUGGAUUCAAGCGUGCGGAGGCUGAUAGACAGAAGGAAUGGCUGGUCGAGUGCAAAGAGGACGGUAAGCCAGUGGAGGAUCCACGUGCAGCUAUCAAGACUUCCAAGAUUGAGAAGAAAGCAAAGAACGAAUUGCAGCGGCUUAGGAAUUUGGCUAAGGCUAAGAAGGUCAAGAUCCCCAAAGUUGGACUGCCCAGUACAGAGCACUUCAAGGAUUCUAAACAACUGUCUGUUGGAGCUAAGGUUGCACAAGUAUCUACGGCCUCAUUGGGACGUUUCAAUGAGACUCCAAAGAAGGAAGAUUUGAGGAAAGUGAAAAAAGGAAAGGUUACUAAGAAGAAGAAGAAGUCUGGUCAGAUGAAGGAAUCUGCUCCCAAGACCAGUAAGAAGCCCAAAUCAGGAAAAGGAAACCGUGACUUCAAACAGAAGGUUGGAGGCAAGAAGCGAAGAUAGUGAGGCACCGUAUAAAACUGUUAAUUAUUUUGUGCUUACGGUCAUUUAGUGAAAGUAUGUAAUAUUAAUUCAUGUUCUAGAGAAGAAUCUGACAUCUAGUGAGCGAAUGUAUGUGUGAAUUUUUUAUCAAUAUUGUAAUAAUUAGUAUUAAAAACAUUUUAUGACAAAUGUUUCUAUUACACAAAAAAUAUACUUCUAACAAAUAGCUGUUAA